AGCUGUGGUACAUUGUUUGAAAAUUAUAGCGAUUAAGAACUGACUCCAAGUCAGCCAACUCAGCACCGGAUGUGGUGGGAGCGAGUUCUACAGGAAACGUUCCGCGGUGUGGAACAUUUGUGGAGGGCUGCCAUUUUAGCAAGCUUACGAACAAAUGCAGUAAUGACCGGAGUCAACGUGGUCCAGCUUACCUCCAAGUCCCACCAUGAAAACAUUCUGUCCUCCCUACACCAGCUGAGGUUGCAGGGUCUCUUGAGUGAUGUCACAGUGCAGGUGGACUUCCAAGGAAGUGUGCAGGAGUUUCAAGCUCACCAAGUGGUUCUUGCUGCCACUAGUGGCUACUUUAAAAAGAUUUUCCUCUCUGAAAAUGCCGCACAGGACCAACUGCUACUCUCUAACAUGCAUGCUAACGAUUUUUCAAAGUUUUUGGAAUUUGUGUACACCGGAAAAGUGGAAGUGGCCAAUGAUAAGAUCACGGAUGUUCAAGCUGUUGCACAAUUGUUGGACUGCAAGUGUCUGUCAGAGCUUUGCGGUGAAGCAGUAAAUGCUGGAAUUGCACAAAUCCCUAAAAAAACAAAAUCUGUAUCCAAUACGAAUCAGUGUGACUUACAGAGUGCCAGGAAAGGAAAACGGAAAAAACAAAAUGAAAACUCAUCAACAAAGCAACACCAAUCACCAAAUGCGUCUAAAGAGAAGACAAAGGCAAAACGAUACAGGGCAGAUACGGCAGAGAAAGAUGAAAAACGGGUCAAACAAAAGAAGUGUGGUAAUAAUGUAGAAAUACAAAUGAAAAACGAGGCACUGAACAAAGAAAAACAACCAACCAGUGAAGACACGGUAAUGAAGGACAGGGUUGAAGGUGAGGCUCAGGCAGAGAAUAGUGAUGAGAGGUCCGUGGAAAUGCUGGACCCCCACGUGGAGGACUGGGAUUAUGAGGAUGAGUCGUCAAACGUUGACCCUGAAGCACCUUUGUUACCAACGGAUGAAGAGCAAGUGGAGGAGGAAGGAGAGUCUAAGAUGAACUUCACAAGAACAUCCAAAGGCAAAUUCCAGUGUAACAAGUGUCAUCGGACCUUCCACUACGAGAGAAGCUACUUGAAGCACAUCGGUACAUACCAUGGAGUGAAAGCAGACGUGGUGUAUCGCUGUUUGACCUGCCAACAGACCUUCGCUAACCGCAGCAACUUGAAGAUCCACGAAAAGCAUGUCCACAGUAACGAGAGACUCUUUACCUGCAGUUCCUGCUCCAAGACGUUCAAACGAAAGAAGGAUGUUGUCCGGCACCAAAGACAGGUACAUGAACGUAACAAUAUGCGUCAUGUCUGCCCUGAGUGCGGGAAGGCUCUCAGCUCCAAAACUGCCCUACUUUUACAUGAACGCACCCACACGGGUGCAAAACCUUUUCAAUGCCCCAACUGUGAGGCCAGGUUCAGCCAGAAGGCUGCGCUCAAAAUGCAUUACAGGACUCACACAGGAGAAAAGCCUUUUGCUUGUGAUGAGUGUGAAGCCCGAUUCACACAGAAGCAUAUGUUGGCCUAUCACAAGCGAUCGCACACAGGGGAGAAGCCUUUCAUGUGCGAGGCAUGCGGGAAAAGUUUUGCAUCUAAAGAAUACCUGAGGCACCACUCCAACAUCCACACCGGGUUCAAGCCGCACAAGUGUGAACACUGUGGCCGAGGCUUCGCUCAGAGGAAUUCCCUUCACCAGCAUCUUAAAACACACACAGGUGAGCGUCCAUACAGCUGUAAAGACUGCAACAAGACUUUCACCCAGAUCAACGCCCUGCAGAGGCACUGGCGUAUUCACACAGGAGAGAAACCCUACAUGUGUGGCCUCUGCAACCGGACAUUCACAGACAUGUCCACCCUCCGCAGACACAUUAUGAUCCAUGACUGCGAUGCUCCAUGGAAGACCUAUCUGGUGGUACUGGAGGGAAAUGUAGAGGAUAAAAAAUCACAAACUCCCACGAAGGGAAAGACUGAAAAGGUUGGAGCAGAAGAGAAAAAGAGUUCAUCCACAAAUAGUGCUGCUGCUGAAGAUGAAGCUGGUCAAGCUGAUGCCAAAGGAUCUGCUGAUGCCACAGAUGGUAAAGGUACAGCCGUUGAGGAUGGCUCCGCUGCUGCCGAGUCAGCAAAUAAAACCAGCACUAAUUCCAUCGUGGUUCCCGCCGAGCCAGUCUCCCUCCCAUCCGACUGGCCAAGUCACGGAACCAUUGCUCUGGUCAGCCACACCGCCCUGGGCGGCAUCACCGUCAUUCACACAGAGGUGCCGCACGGGGCUCAAAUCCAGCCCAUCAUGGCCACUGACAGCACAGGGGCCAAUAUCUUUUCCUUAGAUGGUUCAGGCAUCCCCUUCUCUAUACCUGUGUCCUUGGCUCACCCUGUGUCUCUGUCCACCGAGGCGUCCUCGGUUCUCUCAGUCCCCGUCUCUGAUGGCACACUUGCGUCCGUCUCAGGAAUUCCGAUCGUUUCGUCAUCUGUCCUUGAAGCUGCAGUGUCACAGACCAUUCUGGCUCCAGACUCUGAGACCAGGGUGACCUCUGAGAUGGAUUUACUAGGUGAAGGUUUUAAGACGGUUGUCGUCGAUGAGCAGGAGCGUGGAGAAAAAACGGCAGCGGUCCAAAGUGACAAAGAGCAAAGAACAGAAGACUCAGUGGACCAACUUAAAAAGACGUCAGACCAAGUAGCUGUGUGAAGUAUUCCUUUAAACAUUUGUCUUUGUCAGUGACAACAUAACUGCUCCUUAAAUAUGAAUAUUUAGUACACUCAGUUAGUUGCUACUGUGUUCUUGCCAUGUUUUAUUUAUAAUUAUUUGAAUGCAUCCUGUUGCAGCACUGAUGUUCAGUUUGAUUUGAAAUAAAUGUCAAAUAAUUUAACCUCACAGCAUAAACGCAGGGGGAAUUCAGGAACCAUUCCAGAUAUUCUCAGCAGUACAGACCAGGACACACGACCUUACACUGGUCAUACACUGUACUCAGGUAAUUCAUGUUGAUUAAAAAAAUCGAAAGAGGCUGAAAAUUACCUUUGGCACCUGUAAUAAAUCUGGAUUACAGUAUUUGUGACUGGCUGCUGAAACAUUUCGCUUUACUUAAUAAAUGUUUUUCGUGUCAGAAUCA